AUGGGAAAAGGAGAGAGCAAAACCCUGCUUACACAUGAUGCUUAUUACCCCGAGUAUGUGCCAGAUCCACAGCCAUGGCAUGUUGCCCGCAGACUCUGCCUCCAGCGUUCAGGGUCCUUGGUGAUGGUGUCCAGUACUGAAGAGAUUCAAAAGUUAAACCGUUUUCUACGGUCCCUGAAUAUCACCCAACCUGUAUGGAUAGAAAGUGCAGGCAUGUUCCAAAAAAAUGGUCCUCCAGACAUAUACAUACUGGAAUUUCCAGUGCGUCCACACCGGAAAUCGGCUCGCCUCCGCCACAAGUUCCUUAACAUGAAAGCGCUUACGGUUUGUGCUCACCUCCAGCUUGAUCCCACUUGCCACGGACUGUCCACAGUCUUCUCGUACGCCAUUAGCUCGUUCAUUAAAGAAUUCCAACUCCAAGCACGAAUCACUGGGAACGACCUGGUCCACCUUGCAUUGCUGGUGCAUGGUUCAACCACCGCCUACAUAACUGGCUUUCCCAGUGAUGCCUCCUGGCACUUUGUUUGCACGAGUUGGGUUGGGAAUAGUGGGAAGUGGGUCAUCUGGGUGAAUGGAACGGUUGUGGGUUCUGGGAAUUCCCUCAACUCAACCAAUCACAUCGAAGGCGACGGCCUUUUCAUGAUCGGACAAGACCAGGAGACCUACGGAGGCUACAACGGCGACAAGGCGCUUUGUGGGAACGUUACGCAGCUGUACAUGUGGGAUCGUUUGUUAGUCGACGCUGAGGUUCAAAGCAUGGGAAAACUUUGCUCAGCUGUCCCUUCUGGUUUGUUCUUCAAGUGGAAUGAGGCCGCACUGGAAAUAGAGACGUCCCUGCAGACUCGUAGAGGGAGAUCGCCGUGUGAAGGUUCCAAAAUCCAACCACAAGAGCAGCUUGUCAACUCUGGGUUGUAUCCAAGUUUGCAUCAGGCCUGUGUAGCCUUUGACCCUGCAAGUGGAAAACGUAUCAAUGACUCAUGUUCAACACAAAGAGGAAGUGUUUGUCUGUUUCCAAAAGAGCAGCUGGACUUUGGUUUUCCUGGAACCUCGUUCUUCUCACAAGUCAGCCACGAGAUUUAUUCCAAAUGGGAGGCAAAUGUAACCUCAUUCGUUGAGGAUGAUCUGACUCGUCAUGUUUCCCUCUUGAGUGCCAUAUUGAGUGUUAUGGACAGCAGAGCAGACAUCAUCACACAUUCUGAUCUUUUGUACCUCACCGAGACCAUUGAGAAGGCCACUCAACUCAAUAAAAUAGCUGUUCCCACUGAAGUCUUCAUAUCUAUGAUCCGCAAUUGUUUGGAAAUGGUCAGCAGGCUCAUCAACCCUGAUAUGGCUGAACAUUGGGAGGAUUUGAUAGCACAAGGGAAUUACCUAGGACCGUUGACAAUGCUGGAGAACAUCGACAAGCUGUUGUGGAGACUGGCAGAUGCUCUCUGGAUCGAGCACAAAAGCUUCACAAUGUCAACAAAGAACAUGGAUAUUCAUCUGGAGCCGCGGAGGCUGGCGCAGAUGAGCUGCGGUUGUGUGUUCAAGCCCUCGGUUCACGCCAGUCAGUUCAGCAGCCAUGAUGAGAUCCUCAUACCAGAGUCAGAAAUUCAGAGGGUCUUUUCUCUGGGCCACAAGGAAGUGAUGCUUAUUCAUACCUACUACAGUAACCUGUUAGAGAUGUUGUCUAGACUGGAGAUGAAAACCCUUGCUGACCCACAGGCAGACACGAGGCAUCACAUUGGUCAGCUGGCCACAGCAGUAAUCUCAGCAACAGUGCGGGAUGUUUCCAGGGCAGAAAAUGUUCCGGUCUCUGUCCAGUACACCCUAUCUUCUGGGAUAACGGCCGAAUAUUCCAAACAAGUCAGCCCUGUCUGCGUCUUUUGGAAUAUCAUGGUGGGUCAUACAAGUGCUUGGUCCAGUAAAGGGUGCAGAGUGCUGCUUUCUCCUUCUGAUGUCACUUCCUGCUUCUGCAACCACACCACCAAUUUUGCUGUCCUCAUGAAUUAUAUGGAGCACAGGUGGAGUGCUAAAGAGGAGAGCAUUUUGACGAAGCUGACGUUUAUCGGAUCCGGAGCGUCUCUCUGCGCACUGGUGGUGACCUUGAUGCUGUUUACCGUGUUAGACAUCCCGAAAUCGGAUCGGACAUCAGUCCACAAAAAUCUUUUUGUGUCUCUGACUUGUGCUCAAAUUGUCCUUCUCUGCAGUGGUUCUGCUGUUCAUAAUAAGGUGGCCUGCAUGCUUGUGGCAGCUCUGAUGCAUUUGUUCUUCAUGGCAGCGUUCAGCUGGAUGCUGGUCGAGGGGCUGCUGCUCUGGAGCAAAGUAGUGAGCGUUAAUUUGAGCGAGGACCGACACAUGAAAUACUACUACCUGAUUGGCUGGGGUCUGCCUGUGCUGAUCGUGACCAUCACACUGGCCUCUGCCUCUGGGAAAUACUCAGCGGACGGUCACUGCUGGCUCAGUGUUCAGAACGGCGUCAUAUGGGGCUUUGCAGGCCCAGUCAUCUUCAUUAUUAUGGUGAAUAUCAUGAUUGUGUCCCGUGUGGUCAUGAUCACCAUCGCCACAGCCAAGAGGAGAUCUCUGAUGAUGACCCUGAACACCAGCCCAGAAGAGCAAGUCUCUGAGCAGAUAAGGGCGGCGGUGAAAGCCGUAGUGGUCCUGCUGCCGAUCCUGGGCCUGACGUGGCUCUGUGGCGUCCUGGUGCCGUUCUCCCUGGUUAUGGCUUACGUCUUUAGCCUCCUGAACUCGCUGCAGGGCCUCUUCAUCUUCCUGAUAUAUGGAGUGUACAACACUGAGGUUCGAAACACAGUCAACAGAAUCAAAGAAAGAAGAAAAGCCUUAAAUUUCUCCAACUGUGCCAGUUCCAGGCCCUCCAGUUCAGUGGGCAGUUCUCGGCCGGGCAGCUCUCCAGGACCAGGUGGUUUGGACGGUCAAACAGUCACUUCCAGCCACUCCAGCAGUUCACUGACCCACAGUGAUAGCAUCACCCACAGUUUCGACAAAACAAGGCAUCUGUCCCUCCCCUGUGUCCACGACAACCUAAAUGAAGACCUGCGAUGUCCUGACACUGGUAUCCACCUCUCUGGACAGGAGAACCUAAGAAAACCUAAAGACAGAUUUCCAAACGAAUGCAGUCUGAAUGUACCCAUGGAGGCCGAACGGAUACGGAUGUCCCACGGUUCACCUCCUGAGCAGAACGGCCACAUGUGUCUUCUCUGAAACACUUCUUCAAAUCCUUGUUUUGGUAAAGUGCAGAUAAAGCGUGUAAACUAUAUCCUUAAAGGGAUAGUUCACCCACAAAUGAAUUACUCACAAUUACCACAAUUACUCAGCCUCAAGUUGUUCCAAACAUAUAUGAGUUUUUUCUUCACAACACAAAAGAAGAUCAUUGGUGACCAAACAGUUGAAGGUAGCCAUUGAUUUCCACAUUAUGGAAAAUAAAUACUGAGUCAAUGGCUACCAUCAACUGUUUGGUUGCCAACAUUCUUCUUUUUUUCUUCACUUUCAUUUUUGGUGGAACUAUCCCUUCAUUGUUUCUAAAUGCUUUGUAAUUUAUCUUGACGUAAAUUUCAAUUCCAAUAUGUUCAUUUGUGAUAAACUUUGAAUGUUUUACUAGAUUUUCUCUUAUUUUGUACAGGCUAUGUCUUGAAUGAGCUAAAAUGAGUUAAAUUAGUUUGUCCUCACACUAUAUUUGAUUGUGAGUGUAACAGGAUCAGCUAUGUGUUCUUGAAAUCUAAAACCUUUUUAUAUUAUUCUGGAAUCUUGACAUUCUCUGUAUCAUGUGUGAAUCUGUUCAUGUUUGUGUGAUCAGUAGGGUGCAACUCGUUCAUUGAGCAUGGAUUAUUGCCAGAGAUAGAAAUAAAACAACGACUUUUGGCAUAA